ACGAUGUAACCGCGCCGAGCUGCUCCCACUGUAUACUUCUCGCAGCCUUGCGCAUCCUCUGCUACAAUCUUCACCUCCCAGGUCACAUCAGCUCCCUUAGGCAGCCUCGAGAGCACCAUGGCCAGCGAUCCUGUCGCAGACAAGUCCGGCUUCCUUUGCAUGUACAUGUCGAAUCACCCCGACACGCUCGUCUCGUACGUGCGGUACUGGGGCAAGGUGAAGGAGGCUGUCAGCACGGCGAAGUUGACGUCGAUUGACACGAAAGGCAUGAACCUCACAUACCAAACGAAGGGCAGCACAGCGACCAAGGAGAUUCGGGUGCAGUUUGACCCGCCCUUGGCGGGGUACGAUGAGGUGAAGCCCCGGCUGAUCGCGAUGAAGGCAGAGGCCGAGGAGGAGCUCGGAAUGGUCAAGGCACCACAGAUCACGUCCUUUAAGUUCCACCCUCAAAUGGUCGUCACAGCCGUUGCAGUCUCCUUCCUGGUCUACACGACGUACGCUUCAUCUCUGAAGCACGCUCCAUACAACCCCUACUUUGCCCCUGGCAACAUCAUCUUGUCGUUCUUCCCAUCCUGGAUGCUUCGAUUCUCCUGGGGCUUAUUGGCAGUCUUCCAUGGGUUUGAAUCUCUAUAUGUCGCGUACCUGUGCAGAAAGCACAGCACAGGACUCGUCGUUGGCUUUCAGUAUUGGCUAGCGGCGUUAAUCUUGGGGUUCCCCGCCAUUAUAUCAAUUCGACAGCAAGUGCAGGAGGCAAGAAUUGCGAGCAUUCUGAAAGGGCAAUGAUAAUUUCUCGGAAUCAGUUCUCAGUUACUAGUUGUUGGGUAGCUCUUGGACUUGUGUAUUUCUACUAAACGCUAUACAUACC